AUGCUCCUCUUCACGGACCUCAUCUCCGACGACGAGAUCGUCUCUGAUGCCUACCCGAUCAAGGAGAUCGACGACAUCGUUUACGAGGUCGAUGCCCAGAUGAUCACCGUCAAGAAGGGAGCCGACGUCGACAUCGGCGCCAACCCUUCCGCCGAGGAGGGCGGCGAUGAUCUCGAGGAGGGCGCCGAAACCGUCAACAACCUCGUCUACUCUUUCCGCCUCCAGCCCACGCAGUUCGACAAGAAGUCCUACUUGACGCACCUCAAGGAUUAUAUGAAGGCCGUCAAGGCCAAGCUCCAGGAGAAGAACCCGGACCGUGUCACCGCCUUUGAAAAGGGUGCCCAGGCUUACGCCAAGAAGAUCGUUGCCAACUUCAAGGACUACGAGUUUUAUACCGGCGAGUCCAUGAACCCUGAGGGCAUGGUUGCUCUCCUCAACUAUCGUGAGGAUGGUGUGACGCCGUACUUCACUCUCUGGAAGGAUGGCCUCAAGGAGACCAAGCUCUAA